AGUAACUAAUUAGCCAAGGACUGUUCUGUUGUUUUCCAAGCGUUUAUCGAAUAAAAUUCAUUUAUCUAAUAGAGUUAAUGUAUAACUACCAAUCACCGAGGACGAAAGAUACACAUUUGUGAACUUUAUCGGCGAUUUGAUAACUUUCACUGAUCAAAGUUUCAAAGGGUGAUCUAAUAAUGCUCGAUAUACUAACGACUUAUUACGACUAAUUUAAAAUCGGUUUUAAAAAAUCACAUGACUGGGAUUUUUUUUGCAUAGUAUUAAGAACAGCACGCGCUUGAUGACUGGUCUUAAUUUGUGUAAGUGAAGCGUUAUUUACAGCCUUGGAAUUUUUAAGAUUACUUUGUUUAAAAUAAAAGAAAAAACUCUUAAGCUUUGAUUAUCUUGUAACACAGCUGCUUAAUUCACUAGAAAUCAAGAAAAGUGUAAUUGCUAAUGAAGCGAAAGAUAACCAGAAAAUAAAUAUGGAUGGAAAUGUUAUUCCAGGUUAUUCCUUUUCCACGCCUACAGAACAGCAGACGGAUUUCUGUAUGACGCAUUCUAGUGCGUACGGUUUCACACAGUGGAUACCUGCCAUGACAUAUCCAGCUAUUAGAGAACACAUUGCAAUGAAUAUUCCUCCACGAAAAGAACAACGGAUUCGUAGACCGAUGAACGCUUUCAUGGUUUGGGCAAAGACGGCACGAAAAAUACUCGCAGACGAAAAUCCCGACGUGCACAAUGCCGAACUCAGCAAAAUGCUAGGCACGAACUGGAAAAAUUUGCCACCUGAGAAAAAGAAGAUAUACAUUGACGAGGCUGAGAGAAUUAGACAAGAACAUAUGAAACAAUAUCCGGAUUACAAGUACCGUCCGCGCCGGAGAAAAGGCACGAAGAAGACAAACAACAACCAUACCACACGUCCCCAACAAGAAAAUGCAUCAAACUCGGUACUCUAUGAUAGGGCAUCAAGCUGCAGCCCACACUACACAAUGAGGGGAUUUCCAAGGUCCAACAGUUUUAGUUACGAUGAUUUCACAAACAAGCAGUCCGAGGCUGACUUCCAGCGACUUAGCUCAAGCGCACCUUUAGCCAACCGUUUGUCAGUAUCUCCCGAAUCAAACCCAUCACGCAGCCCAGACGAAGCUUCCCAUGACAGCACCCUUUACAGCUAUCGGUAUCUUCAUCGUUAUCAGGGAACUGGUGUAAGUCAUUAUGAAUCAAGUCACCAAGCGUCUCAUCUUGACUUCAAGUUACCCAAAACAGUUUCCGCUUUCGUUUCUCAGAUACCAGUGCCUAAAGAAAUUAAAGUAGAAAGAGACGAGAAUGAAAACUACUGGGGGAGUAUCAAUAAACAGACAACAAAAACUGAAAAUUACCCAUUGUCUCUUUACUCGCAACAGGCAAUGCAAUCGAAUAUGAGCCAAGACUUUACUUAUGGCAGAACAGUUCAAUCUCGGUAUUAUGAGCAGAACGAAGUGACAUUAGACGUGAGUGAUAUUAAUCCUGAAGAUAUGGAAAUAUAUAUAAACCCAAACAAUCAGCAAGGUGGUAUGAACCGACCAUCAUUUGAUCUGAAUAAAAAUCUUCCUCACCAUUCCGUUGGAGGCGAUAUGGGCAACAUCAAUGGCUUUCAGAAACAAAAUGAAAACCAAAAUCGUGUGGUGGAAAAUGACUUCACAACGGAAGAAAACAGCAACUGCAAUAUGCCCGCCAUGAUGCAAGAUACUGAUCAGUGUCGAGAUAUUCCAAGUGUGUGUUAUGAAUUUGAUGCACAGCCAAUUAUUAACGCAAUUACGCAUAAAACGGGAUGAAAUUAACAAAAGUAUUUAUGUGAAAAAGAAGUAUUUUGCAUGCGAUUUAAUGUAAGGCUGUUAUCAAUUAGAUCAGAAAGAAACUAUUAUAAACUUCAUUGAACUUUUAGCGAAGUAAAACAACAGUGAACAAAGAUGCAAUUAUGAUAAUAUUAAGAAGUAACAACACAUUUGAGAAAAGAAUAUCGUGUGGUUUUGAAAAAUGAACAAUAUUUAAUGAUUGAGUUCCCUAUAAUAAAAUCUGGAAAAAAGAUAAAACGUUUUGUAAAUGAUUGAAAAGAUUUUGAAUGAGAUGUUUUCUAUACCAUUUUAUGAAGUUGUUACUUCUCAUAUUAGGACACUCUAUGUACUGUAAUACAGCACAGUUUUUCUUCAGAAGUGUAAAGAAUAAUCAUGUAAUAAGAAAGACAUCUUGACACUACUUAAAGUGUCCUUGAAAGCAACUAAAGACUUGUAAUUAAUUCAUCCUUUUAGAAAUCAAUUUUGAAGUGAGGUAAUGUUAAUAGAUUUCUUGCACCGCUUUUAAAUAGCUUUUUUUACUAGUCUAUUCUCGUUGUUUAAUUCGAAACUGAUCAGUGGCUAUGUUUCAAGGCAUAUUUUUGGUUCAUAUUCACGCCUGUUUCGAAUUUCUAGGCCGCACAGUUCGCAAAUAUUAGCGAAAAUUAAAAACUCGGGUAUAUUGCCCAGUCUAUGGUAUCUUACUUCACCUUACGUGUCGGUUUUACUCUUAGUCUACAUUUUAAUGAUCUGCAUUCUUCUUGCACGUUUCUCCACAUACUUCUGAUUAACUAUCUACCUAACGUCUUUAAAUCAUUACAAUAAAAUGCACACACGCAUGUUAUAGUGUAAGUAAAGAUACAUUUACCUUUGGUUUUAGCAAUGAAUCUGGUAAACUCUCUCCAAUCAGGGCGUGGAAGUAGGCAAACAUAUCGUUUUAGUGAAAUGAUAUAUGCAAAGAUAUUCUGUGAAAAGAAAAUGUUUACAUUCCCAUCGAAUAACUUGGGAGUGAAACAGACUUUGUUGACUGAAUUUUAGAAUAAAAUCAUUAGAAAAUUUGCUUUGAAGAGUGUAAAAAAGGGAUGCAUAAUUUCUCUUUUGAUUUGCGUAAUGGUACAAUUUUUCCAAGUUUGAAAUGCAGCUUAUGUAUGUAAUAAAAACAAGACACCUUUAAAAUGGCAGCUCAUGUUUUAAUUAAUUUCUUAUAAACAUAUUUCAUAAUUGUUUCUUGAAAUUAAUUCUUAAGGGUUCCAUGUACAAAACUUUAUAAUGUUAAGGACGUGUCAAUUAGCUGAAUACCAUCUUUCUUUGUGUUUAUACGCUUAAACAUGCCCCUUUACUAUUGUAAUUACCUCUUCACUCACUCAUAAGAAACUACUUGAAUAUCAUAUUUAUCAGGAAAUGGUCAAUAAAACACUAAUACAGUUUUAAAUAUUCAUCAGCUAUUUGCAGUUUCUUUUAUAUCUUGUACCUGUUAAACUAACAUAUAUUUAUUUGUUUUCAUGUCUAAUCUCCACAUUUUUAUAUUUUUGUUCUUAUUUUAUACACUGAUCAGUCAAACUAUGUUUAAUGGCUGUUCAAACUAUCUCUAAAGUCAUUGUUACUGACAUAUAUUUUAUUUAUAACUGUUUGCUUUCUUAUAAAACGAUAUUUUAUUCUGCAAGUUGAUGUACUUGACACUCUGUUUCGAGUGGUGUAGUUUAUUACUUUAUGUGCUUGUGAUAGUUUUCUAAUGUUGGCAGGCAUAUCGUAAAAACUAUAAAAUAGUUUUACUGUAUUAAAAUGAAUACAUGAUAAGAUUUUUUUGUUUAAUUUUUGGAAAUUCAGUAGUCAUUUUCAGACUUUUUCAUCAAAUCUAAGGUAACGAAUAAAUUUUAACUAAUAUUAGAAAAAAAUCAUCAAUACAUAACAACUGAACAAAAUUAUUAAAAGAACUAAUACUCGUUGGAAAGUUUCUAAUUCUGAUUACAUUGCUUUCAUUACUGAAAUCGAUAAAAAAAGUUGAAAAUGUUGUAAAUAUUAUUAUACUUUGUAAACUACUGAUAUGCCCGUUUUUGUUCGUUUUCAAAAAGUGUUUAAAAUUAACUUCCGAAAUCAAUAGAAUGUCUGAAAUAAAGCGAAAACAAUUCAGUUUUUACGAUUUCUUCGAAAACUGGGAAAUGUAUCCAAAAAGGCAAGGUUUUAAUGGAACUGAAUGUAAAGUGGAUUUAAAACAAUUAAAUUUAAUUGAGUAAUUACCGCAAGCACCGGUGCUCAUGAGCAAAGUAUCUGUUGGGAGUUUUGAAUGUUUUAAACAAAAUAAUACUUUGUAGAUUGUAAGAUAUUCCAUGAAUGUUAAAUGUUUCCUUACUUGGAAAUACUUUGGUUUUUGUAACUUGUUGCACUUAGCAGAUUUUAAGUGUACUAUAUUAUCUGCUUAGAAGUUAAUAUUGCUUAGGUAAAGGCGCAAUGAUAUGAAAGAGUUAUUUUUAUUGAUUUAAUCAUUUUACAACCAUGUGCAUAAAUCUGUCUGUAAUAAUUGGCACCUCUGCAUAUGUGGUACAUACGGUUCGUUUUACAUUUUACUCAAUUCAUAUGUCCAUUAUUAAUUUCGACCCAUAUAUUAUUUAUGUUUGAUUCAUCCUUAGUGCAAUUGACUUUACAUGUCAGUCUUAUAAAUGCAUGUAUAAGAUAUUUGUAAUAAGUUUGUCAGUGUGUUAUAUCGUACUGUAUAACUUGUAAAAUAUUUACAACGUAUGAUAUCAUGUCGUGCAGUUAUAAUAGAGCAACAUCUGUUAAAUGUGAACGUCUAUUCUCCAUUUGCAAACUGUGAUUACAAAUUGCUAUAUGUUUCUUUUCUUUACUUUUUUUCUUUACUUAAACAUUGUAUGUGUUUAUCACGUGACCAUGAAAUAAUUAUAUAAAAUUGUAUGUAUGUAACGAGAUACUAUAUAGGUAUAAGUUACUGAAAUAAAAUUAUGUUCUGUUAAAAAUAAUUAUAGAAUAAUAACUGUUUGAAUCAACAUAUGAAAACACUUUUUCGGCUAUUUGACUUUGAAAUGCCUUUAAAUGUUUUUAGUCUUUAAUCAAACCAUAUGCUUUAAAGCACUAAAAGUAGCAAUAAAAUUCCUAGAUAUUUACAAAUGUCUAUAAUUUUGCUAACGUAACAAAAUUGUGAAAAAACAGAAGUUAAGAAAAUUAAUGUAAAAGAUUUUUCUAGUAGGUUAGCCAGACAGUUUUCAUUGCCAGGAAAGGACUACACAAGGCAUUACUGAACAGUUUGAAAAAAUAAUUACAAUACAUCAUGAUAUUAACACUGCAAUAGAAACUACAACAAAUGUCAGAAAUACAGUGAAAAUAAUUCUUAAAAGUAUUAGACCAGUUAUCGUCAAUUUCCGUCACUUUACGCAUUCUCCGAUUGUUUCUGUUAAGGCGAAGUUUGUCGAAGGUCACACACAGUUAAAUCGUUUUCCCUAUAUAUUCUAUAUAAAACUGACAUUUUUUAAAGAGCUACCAAACAUAGCUAGACCCAUUCUCCCAUUUUUCCUACCAAAAUGUCAAAAGUACAUCCACAAUGAAAUUUAAACAGAAACUAGCAUUAAUUUAGACCUCUGUUGCCAUGCCAAGUGAAAAAUUAGUGUUAUACCUGGCAGCCAUUGGGAACUACGUAAUCGCACGGAAGUUGCCGAUUCUCAUUUGAGCCACGCCAUGAGAAAACCAACAUAGUGCGUUUGCGACCAGCAUGGAUCCAGACCAGCCUGCGCAUCCGCGCAGUCUGGUCAGGAUCCAUGCAGUUCGCUUUCAAAGCCUGAAACUGUUAGCGAACAGCAUGGAUCCUGUCCAGACUGCACGGAUGCGCAGGCUGGUCUGGAUCCAUGCUGGUCGCAUAUGCAUUAUGUUGGUUUUGUCAUGGUGCGGCUCAUUUAUGCAUCAAUUACCUUACUACAUUUUUGUACUUUUGAGAACGUGCUUUUAGCCGUCGAACCUUUUCCAGCUUUAGCUUGUAACGUUGUAACGUUAUUUUGAUUUGGUUAGUUUCUGAGAUAAAGAAAUAAUUAGAUCAGAGGUAUCUGUAGUUUCGUUAUAUGAAUCUGAGAUAAAUGAGUAUGAAUAAUCAUUACAUAAUGAGAUAAAUGAGUAGAAACAAUCAGUACAUAAAUAAAAGAAAUAAAGAAAUGAGUAUAUAUCGGGGUGUGAAAGCGAGAGAAAGCUAUCUGCUUCUUCCCUUAUAUGCACUUAGACUUCUUAUCACCCAUUAUAUGUAUAUUGCAGAUAAAAAUUAUGCGGACUUAUUUGUUGAAACAUCAAGGGCAAACAUGCGUCUAGGUCAAUGAUUAAUGCGGUACCUCUAAAAGCAAAUGUUUCAUUUUCUGACGCUAAUUAAACGUUAUUUAUAGCUAUUUAAAAUUACUAUUAAGAGAUAAAUUUUUAUUAAAACUGAUGUUUUAUAUCGUAUUAAAAUAUUACUGACUGUCAAAUUGUUAUGUGGAUAUAAUUAUACUUAUUUUAGCUGUAUAUGAAAUAGAUAUGAGAUUUAUUUUUAUUAUCUUUCUAAAAGAUAAUUUGUAAUAUAUUAUUAUAAUACAUGCAAUAAAAUUUUGAAUAUUUUAGUUUUA